AUGGCAGAGUUUCCGAAGCUUCUGUAUAUGGUGGUGGUGGACGAGGGAGGGGAUGGGAAGGAAAGUUCUUCGUUUCGGUACACUAGGCCCGUGCUCCAAAGCACAUUGCAGCUAAUGGGAUGCAAGGCUCGCCACGCCUUUAAGAUAAGUCAAAGAGUAUACGAGGUGAUCAGAACUGUAUGCCCGGCUGAUUUAUGGUUUCCACAUGGUGCUAAAAUAUCAAAGUCAGAUGUUUCAGGAAGUCCCUCUGGUAGACAGAAUGACUUUAAACAAUCUAAUUGCUUGGGUGAGGGGAAUGUGACAUAUCAUUCAGCUCAGGAAAAUGUGGAGACAAGUAGCUCGAUGGCAUUUGCAUUGUACAAAAGGCAAACAACUAUUGUUGUUAAGAGGGAGAAAUUUUUAAAUGUUAUUUGCAGUGUACUUUCUGAGUACAAGUAUGUUGGACCCAAUCAAAGGGCUGACUUGGUUCUGGCAUGCAGGAUCCGAGAAAGAAAGGAGUUAGUUAUAGUUCUUUUGUCUGGCACAAGUGGGUGUGGAAAAUCUACUCUGUCAUCCUUGCUGGGAAGUAGACUGGGCAUCACAACUGUGAUCUCUACUGAUUCAAUACGCCACAUGAUGAGGAGCUUUGUGGAUGAAAAACAAAAUCCUCUCCUCUGGGCCUCAACAUAUCAUGCUGGAGAAUGCUUAGAUCCUGUGGCAGUUGCAGAAGCAAAGGUUAAACGGAAAGCAAAGAAACCAGCUGGGGCUUCUUACUUGAUGCUUAAGGAAGAGUUAUAUGAUAAUGCCCCAACUGAACAACAUGAUGGCCGAUCUCCAGAUUCUAGGUUGAAGUUGAUUAGCAAAAAACAAAUGGCUGUUGAGGGCUUUAAAGCACAGAGUGAAAUGGUCAUUGAAAGCCUUGAUCAACUCAUCACUACUUGGGAAGACCGGAAAGAAUCUGUUAUUAUUGAGGGUGUUCACUUAAGUCUCAAUUUCGUGAUGGGCCUAAUGAAGAAGCAUCCUUCAGUAAUACCAUUCAUGAUCUGUAUAGCAAAUGAGGAUAAACACAUGGAGAGGUUUGCUAUACGUUCAAAAUAUAUGACACUGGACCCUGAAAAGAACAAAUAUGUCAAGUAUUUUCAGAAUAUCAGAAUAAUCCAGGAUUAUCUGUGCAAUCGGGCUGAUAAACAUCGAGUGCCCAAAAUAAAUAAUACAAAUGUUGACCAGAGUGUGGCGACAAUUCAUGCCACUGUCUUCAGCUGCCUAAGGAGGCGUGAGGCAGGAGAGCAGCUAUAUGAUCCUGCCACAAACACAGUGCCCAUAAUAGAUGAAGAGUAUCGAAACCAGUGUGCUGCUAACUCACUGGGUUCCAAAGGAAUGUUUCAAUUGAUCCAGAGGAAAGGGUCCUCAAGACGUCUGAUGGCUCUUAUCAAUAAAGAUGGCUCUGUUGCUAAGACUUGGCUUGUCGAUGGUAAAGGAGAACUCCUCUCUGGCCAGGACAGUGAGAAGUGUGUAGAAGAUCCUGUAUAUGGUCUCUCACAGAUAGGGAAGUCAGAACCAGUUAAUCUUCAAUUUGGUAAUUUUGGGAUCAGGGGUUGGCCUAAUGAUAUUGGGAGCACCAGUCAGACUGCAAGCAUUUGUGACUCGGGGGCUGAUGGUACUGACGCUGGUAGCAGAUAUUUUUCCUCCUGUUGCAGCUCUCCAAGGAUAUCAGAAGGACCUGCCAAAGAGCUCAAGGAGGAAUCAUCAGUAUCUGUUAGUGAAGAAGCUGAUGAUCCACCUGAUGUGAAUAGCGGUGAGGAUGAAAGUGAAAUUGACAGCAAGGAGAUCCCUGAAGAGAUGGAAGGCUCUGUUGAUGAGGAGUUGACCAAGUCUGAUGAGGAGUUUGAUGACUUGGCCAUGCGAGAUAUGCAAGAAAAUGGUUACUGGUCUGAUGAUGAGAAAGAACCAGGUGAUGUACACCGACCAACAGCUGAGAACAAACUGACUGAAACUUGUUCAGAAAUGAUUGCUGGAGAUGAUCUGAAAAUGCAGGGAUGCAUGAAAACAAGAAGGAAAAAGUAUUCCUAGAGUGAUUCAUUGAGAUCCGGCAGUAGGUCACAAGACAUUGAAGCCUGAGGCAAGUCUUGGUCAUCAUCAGGUGGGUAUAUCCUUUCAGGAGCAUAAGAAGGAAGAAAUUAUUCACCAGAGUGAUUCAUUGAGAUCCCGCAGUCAUUCACAAGGCAUUGAAAGCUGAGGCAAGUCUUGGUCAUCAUCUGGUGGGUAUAUCUUUCUGGAGCACAUCCUGCUGUGUGUUUUGCAGAGGAGGAUAACCUGCUCUUUUUAAGAUGAGGACAAUCAAUUGUCUUUGGGAUCAAUCGAAGGGACUGGUAAGCUUAAAUUUGAGAAGAUUCUGUUAAACUUACAAAGAUUCUUGGAUGUUGCAUGUCUGGGCCAGGUGCAAGUCCAGUAGGGAAUGCAAUGGAGAUGCCAUCACUCAGUGAAUUUCUUGGUCCCUUAAUUACGUGAUGAAUCAUUAACAGGUCUUGAUGUCCCCGAAAUUGAAGUGUUAAGGGCUAUUGCAGUUUGGCAGGACAAACACCUACACAGUGAUCAGAAAAUUGAAAUCUCUUAACGCCUCAGGUGCAGUUCUUUGAAGUAAGAUCAUUGACAUUUGGCUUGUUUACCAGUUGGGAAGGUGCUAGGCGUCGCUAUCUUUCUAAAUUCUUGAGGUGGUGCUAGAGAUAGGUGCAUAGGUAGUUUGUUGCCUUAAUAGGAAGGUUAUUUGGUUACCCAUGAGAAAUUUUGUUUACUUUGCCUUGCUUAUUGGAUGCAUCGCCUUUUUGCCAUUUUCACUCAAUAAAAAUAAAAUUUAAACGGCUUU